CUAAAAAAUACGAUGUUUAUGUCGUGUUGACACAAUAUUUAUUUUAAAAGCUAUUACACUUAUUUUAACUUUAUUAGAGUAUUCACUGUGCUAGCUCUAGUGAUCUGACCCUGCUGCCACAUGCAUCUGCUGAGACUAGCUGUGAUUAUCCUGGCACAUGGCCCUUUGGGUGUGCAAGCAAAGCAAUUGGCCUGCGGCCAAUCCGCCUUCGGCCGCUGCGAAUGUAAGAGUAAUUUUAUUGACUGCAGGGCGCGGAUGUUAAAAGAGGUGCCUGUCAGCAUGACACCGAAUGCCGAAGUUGUAGAUCUUGACUUAAACCAAAUUCAAGUCAUCGGUGAAUGUGAUUUUCGAGGCUUAGACCUGCUGGUUGAACUGUCCCUGUACAAAAACCAAAUCCACUCGAUCCACAUCAAGGCUUUUGAGCAUCUCUACCGAUUGAGAGUUCUCAAUUUAAGAAAGAACAGUCUUACAAUUUUAGACGUCAAUAAUUUGAACGUCCAUCACUUAUCGUCCUUAGACACACUUUACCUUCGAGGAAACCAAAUUGUCAUGAUCGACAAGUACACACUGUUGUCUGCAGUUAUGUUUAAAUUUAAUAUUGAGAUGGACAACUCAAUGAUUCCCUGUGACUGUUACCUGCGGGAGAUGAGGGAAACUUUUCUUGCAUUCAGCACCGACCUGACGCCCUACUUUAGUGGCAUCUUCUGUGUUGACGGUCCCGAACGUUUUCCCAUGCUCGAUGCCGCUGUCAGUGUGUUUGGGCAGUGUCCAGCAACCAGACGGACUCACGCCUUCAAUGACGUCAGCACCGCGUGUAUGACGUGCAGUCAGGCGGAGACCAACCACGAGUGUCAGCUGUCUGGGACAACACUCUGCACCAAACCCCAGAAUGCAUGUCAGACGGUGCUGGAGUGGGAUGGCGAAAGUCUGUCCAUCAGCUCCCGCUGUCUGGGCUACAGGGACUGUCUGAUGGCGGAAUUCACUAACAGCCAGACCUGCGUUAACUCAUCUACGCUUUUCUGCAAGUUCUGCGCGUUUGGGACUAUGUGCUCUAACUCUACGCCAAUGGCAGGUCGAACAUUGGAUGUCAACUAUAACUUGACCUACGCAAAAUUCAAGCAUGAUUUUACAGAGGACUUGAAGGAUCGAAAUUCACCAAAGUUCUUAGACUUUCAAAACAACGUGGCACUUGCUUUAAAAGAGAUUACGUCAUCACUACCACGUGGGAUUAACUCGCGUGUCGUCAGCUGCGAACUGGUUCGUGGUAAGGAGUUGCAUGUGCUAGUCAACUUUGAUCUGACUGUAAUCAACGCCUACUCGCAUGACGCCGUCAAAAAUGCACUUUUAAAAGAACUACAACUGCAUCUACAUAAAGAGGGAGGCUUCUUCCAUCGAGAAAAUACUGACGUCACCACAGUGUAUUUAUGGGAUCAAG